AUGACCUCUGGCCCUCUGUGCUAUGGGCGCACAGCCCUCCGCUCAGCACGCAGAUGGGAGACCUUCGCGAAGCGGGAGUCCUCCACCUACGCUCAGCUGAAAUUCCUGCACAGGUGCCUUGAUGAGGACGUCCUACCGAAAUGCCUCAGAUAUAGACCGCCUGUGAACACUGACCUUUGCCGACGGACGAUGGCAGACUUCAAGAAGAAAAUGAUCAGGGUACUGAUACGAGACUCUCACGCCCGCAUCCACAAGUACCGCCAGAUGAUUGAACAUCAUUCGUCAACUUGCCAGUCGAUCUUUACGGCACACGAGAUAGGGAUCCUCAAAGCUGCAAUUCUCGACAGCGCUCGGCGUCAUCGCCAGUUGCGUGAUGACCAGUUGUCUGGAAAAUUUGAGAAAAUAAGUCCGCCAAAACAGCCCUCUGCUGACGGUGCCUUGGUUCACAACUUGUCCUCUCAUCAUUUCACUCAGCAACAACUAGCGGUUCUAUCCUAUGACGCGAAGUUCAGCACAAGAGAUGCUCAAACAGAAGACUUUAUUGCAUCCUUUGAAUCGGCGCUCCAGAAGUGUGAGCCAGGCGAGGAGUGCAAAAACUCCAUGCGACAACAAGUGUCGACCUUACUCCUCCAACACAAACGCCAGAUGACGAUUUCUAAAGCAGAAGAUCGAGAACUUCUGAAGAUACGAAAAAUGAAGGAUAUCGUCACCCUGCCCGCCGACAAGGGGCGCUCGACUGUCGUCAUGGAUAAGGCUGAGUACUGUACAAAACUAGGCAACCUCUUGAUGGACAAGGAAUCUUAUGCGCCAUCGACCGUCAGCGAGUUUAAGAAGCUCGUAAACAGCAUAAACAAUACGAUCGGCAAGCUGAGGAAGGCGGGAGCUCUUACGAGAAGGGAAGCGUUGGCCGCAAAAGCCAGUGAUACCGCGAUGGCGCACUUCUACGGCCUACCAAAGGUCCACAAGCAGGGGGUGCCGCUACGCCCCAUCGUCUCCUUACGUGGCACUCCAACCUUUGGGCUAUCAAAGUGGCUGUACCAGCGACUUUGUUUCCUUACCAAGGAUUCGGAGUGGACAGUGAAGUCGGCUGAAGAGUUCUUGACGCGCAUCAAACAUCUCGAAGUGGAGGCAGAUGAGGUGAUGGUGUCAUUUGACGUGAUCUCAUUAUUCACCUCCAUCCCACCCGCGCUGGCUAUCGACACUAUUGAUGGCUUUUUCCGGGAAAAGUAUGAUGAGACCGACCAACAGCUCAAACGAGCACACAUCAUCGAGCUCCUAGAACUGUGUCUGAAGACCUUCUUUACAUUCAACGGCCAAGUCUACGAGCAAAAGAAGGGGACACCGAUGGGCUCGCCUCUGUCUGGACUAAUUGCCGAAGCAGUUUUGCAGAGACUCGAGCAGCAGGUCUUCAGCUCGUACCCCCCGAAGUUCUGGGCCAGAUACGUGGACGACACGUUCGUUGCAAUCAAGAGGAGCGAGGUGAAGGCUUUCAAGACAUUGUUGAACUCAAUCUUCCCCGACAUUCAGUUUACUAUGGAAGAGGAAGUAAACAAUCAGUUGCCCUUCCUGGACGUACAAGUUACGAGAUUGACAGACGGGAAGAUAAGAACAACGGUUUACCGUAAGGCAACAAAUACUAGGCGCAUCCUCCACUUCCGAAGCAACCACCCUGUUGGUCAUAAACGCAGUUGUGUCAGAACUCUCUUUCAACGUGUUCAAACACACUGUAGCGACGACAGUGGGAGGAAGGAGGAGAUGAAUUACUUACAGGGCCUUUUUAAAGCCAACGGCUACCCGAAGUCCUUCAUACGCAAAUGCCUUAAAAAGUCUCAUUUUGAGCGGUCGAGUGGAGAAAAGCCCAAGUUCUGGCUCUCAAUACCCUAUGUGAAGAACGUAUCAGAGGCAACGGCAAGAAUCCUAAAACCUUUUGGGAUUGGCGUGGCUCAUAAACCCGAAUGUACCAUCAGACAGCAAAUCAUGAAGCCCAAGGACCCGCUACCAACAACAGAACAGUCGGCGGUGGUCUACAGCAUACCAUGUCUAAAUUGCAAUGCAAGGUAUGUUGGUGAAACGGGCAAACGCCUCGGCACAAGAUUGCACGAACACCAACUUGCAAUCAACCGCAAGGACAAGCUGUCUUUGGUCUAUGGCCACAUACGAGAACUGAACCACAAUUUUGCCCUUGAGAAAGCGAGGGUAAUUGGUCGAGCCAAUGAGAAGAUGGCCAGACUGGUGCUCGAAAGUUGGUCCUCGACUGGUACACUCAACCGAGCUAUAGAUCUCCAUCCCGCCUACCAAGCACUCCGUACAAGGCUCGGAUCAGUCCGGACAGGACCAGUAAGGCAAGCGAGCACGCGGGACCGAGAGUCAACGCUCACGGAAAAGGGCGGAAUUGGGGGCCAGAGGUCAUGUGACCAAAGCCGAACACUGUCUCACCGAUGCACCCGCGAAGCUGAAUGCUGCUCACCUGAACAGCAACGACCGAUCAGUCCAUCGGCUGACGUGGGAGGGGCCAAGCGGCACGUUGAUUUGACCACAACUAAGCCGACCCCAAAGGGAACAAAGGUCACGCAGGCCUAUCAGCGGUCAGCUCCGGGGAGGUCUAAGCCAGUCAGCGGCAAACAGGCAGGUCAAAGUUCGUGCGUCCAGCACGGCUAUAAUACGAGACAAGCGGCAAGACUGAAUAACUCAAGACCCGCAAGUGAAACAACUACGCUACUCUGA